AUGCUCUCAGUUUCAAGGAGUUCGCUGCGCCAAGCGUCGCGUCUAUCUACAAAGCUCACCUCAACUCGGCGUGGAAAUGCAUCCGCAUCUGAUGCUCCAGUCCCUGCCAAGUACAGCUCAAGGAUCACUCAACCGAAGCAGCAAGGAGCUUCACAAGCAAUGUUAUACGCUACUGGACUGACACCAAAUCAAAUGAAUAUGCCUCAAAUUGGAAUCGGUUCAGUGUGGUAUGAAGGAAAUCCAUGUAAUAUGCACUUGAACGAUCUAGCUGCUGCUGUCAAGAAGAGUGUGGUCGAUGCUGGUUUGGUUGGAUUUCGAUUCUCGUCCAUUGGAGUUUCUGACGGUAUCAGUAUGGGAACUGAAGGCAUGAGUUAUUCUCUCCAAUCCCGUGAAAUCAUUGCUGAUUCCUUUGAAACGAUCAUGGGAGCUCAAUGGUAUGAUGCCUGUAUCGCAAUCCCUGGUUGUGACAAGAACAUGCCUGGUGUCAUAAUGGCCAUGGCUCGCCUAAACCGGCCAUCCAUCAUGGUUUAUGGAGGUACCAUUCGCGCUGGUAAAACAUGUACAGGGACUCCUAUCGAUAUUGAGAACGCCUUCCAAAGCUAUGGUCAAUUCGUAACUGGUAAAAUCACUGAAGACCAACGACUCGAUAUUGUUAAAAAUGCCUGUCCUGGUGCUGGAGGAUGUGGUGGUUUGUACACUGCAAACACGAUGGCUAGCGCUAUUGAAGCCAUGGGUUUAACGCUACCACACAGUUCGUCUAUGCCUGCUGAAUAUCCAGGCAAAAUAGAGGAAUGUGCUCACGUAGGUCCUGCAAUCAGGAAUCUACUAGAAAAAGAUAUCAAGCCUAGAGAUAUUAUGACUCGUCAAGCAUUUGAGAACGCUAUGGUAACUAUUAUGGCAUUGGGAGGAUCAACCAACGCUGUACUACACUUUAUUGCUAUUGCCAAGUCUUUGGGCAUUCCAUUGACCAUUGACGACUUUCAAAAAACCAGUGAUCGUAUUCCCUUCCUUGCUGAUUUGAAGCCAAGUGGUAAAUACGUCAUGGAAGACCUACAUAACGUCGGAGGUACACCAGCAGUGCUAAAAUACCUCCUAAAAGAAGGCCUACUGUAUGGUGACGCCAUGACAGUAACCGGCAAGACACUAGCAGAGAACUUGGCUGACGCCCCAGACCUGACACCAGGCCAAAAAGUCAUUCGACCAUUAUCAAACCCAAUAAAAGCAACAGGCCACAUUCAAAUUCUGAGAGGUAACUUGUCACCUACUGGUGCAGUUGCCAAGAUUACAGGCAAAGAAGGAUUAUCGUUUUCUGGACCUGCCAAAGUGUAUGAUUCAGAAGAGGAUAUGAUGGCUGCUACUGUUGCUGGUAAAGUUGUUAAGGGAGACGUUGUGGUUAUUCGUUAUGAGGGACCUAAAGGUGGACCAGGCAUGCCUGAAAUGUUGGGCCCAACAAGUGUUAUAAUGGGUGCUGGAUUGGGUCAAGAUGUCGCAUUAAUGACUGACGGACGAUUCUCUGGAGCUUCUCACGGAUUCAUUGUUGGACACGUUACUCCCGAAGCUCAGGAAGGUGGACCUAUCGCUCUAGUCCAGGAAGGCGAUAUCAUCACCAUCGAUGCAAACAGACGAGCCAUUGAAGUGUCGAUAUCACCUGCUGAAAUGGAAAAGAGGAGGAAGGCUUGGAAGGCACCUCCAUACAAGGUCAAAUCUGGAACUUUGUGGAAGUUUAUCAAAAAUGUUACCAGCGCGUCAGAAGGAUGUACGACUGAUGAUUAA